GUUUUAACAAUAUUACAAUAUUGUUGGUAAAUAAGAGAACAAUAGAUAAGUAGGUUUGACAUGAUGUCUUGGCUCUUUCUUUAAGAUGGCAAGCAAUACCACAGCACAGAGGUCAAGAUCAUACAGAGAAAGAAUAAAAUCAUAUCCACUUAAAUAUGCAGAGUCCCUCAAGAAGGACAGAGAAAGAUACCUGAAGAAAAAGCAACAAGGUGUUGUUAAAUCUGUGACAGAAAUGCCGAAAAGAGAACAACGAAAAAUGAGAAGACAGUGGCGAAUUUCUCAACGAAACAGACGUAGGAAAUGGAAAAUGGUCUCAGCAGUGAAUAGUUUCAUGGCACAUACAACACCACCACCAUCACCAGACAACAUGAGUGUUAAUGCAGAAGACAUCCCUGAAACACCUCAGCUGUGUGAGCCUACACCAGAGAGAACUCCACAGAGGAAAAGAGGGAGAAAAAAGGUUGCGAAGGCAAAAGCAAAGGUGUACAGAGAUCUUAAUGACAUUAAACAAAAGCUUGAGGAUGCCCUCAGAAAAGUUGAAAAAUACAAAAAAAUAAGUAAUCGACUGAAGAAGAACCUGGGGAUCCUAGAGUCACCUAAAAUGAAAACAAAGCAACAGAUGCAGCAAGAAAGCAAGCAAUUAAAGAAGACACUCCUAUUCCAUAACGGUGUUGUGUCUGUUUGCACCAUUAGUUCCUCAAUGCGCCAUGACCCAUCUGAAAUCUGGGCUCACCUCAAAAAAGUGCUUCCCUACCUCAAACAACAAAACACAGCUGCAACCACCCUGCAUGUCAUAAGUGAUGGCCCAACCACUCAGUAUAGGUCAAAAAAUAACUUUUUUUUCCUGAGCAAAGUACCAUAUGAGCUAGGAUUCAAAAAGGUGACCUGGAAUUUUCUGGAGGCCGGACAUGGGAAGGGCCCAGCUGAUGGAAUUGGUGCGGCUGUUAAGCGCCAAGCAGACUCGCUUGUGGCCAAGGGCAUUGACCUUCCAACUGGAAAAGUAUUGUAUGAACAACUGCUUAACCAGCCAUCAACUGUCAAGUUAAUGUACAUCACUGAGGGGGAAAUUGAAGAGAUGGAUAGUCUCCUUCCUGAUGACCUGCUGACCAUCAAAGGAACCAUGCAGAUACAUCAGAUUGUCUCUACAAGACUGGAGGAGAUUUCUUGGCGAGUUCUCAGCUGCUUUUGUGCAGAUCCCCAUCCUUGCCAGUGUUUUGGUCUAAAAAAAGUCAACAUACUGGGAGCACAGAACAUGGAGACUGCAUUGGGAUCACCAAGUUCAAGCACACUUACCAGCACAUCUCAACCCAUCAUAGACCUGCAUGAGGGACUGAUUGGAAGUUGGUGUGUGGUACGGUAUGAUGGGGAUCCUUACCCUGGCAUUAUACAGGAUGUGGACCCUGAGGGUUGUGCUCUGGUGAGAACCAUGAGUCAUAUUGGCAAAAACAAGUUCUUCUGGCCUAUGAGAGACGAUGUUAUUUGGUACCGGCCAGAAGAUGUGAUCAGGCUGGUCCCAGAGCCUCAACCAGUAACAAAGAGGCAUGUGAUGGUGGAGCCAACAGUUUGGAAAGAAAUAUGCUCUGUUCUUGACCAUGAAACAUAACUGAACCUCUGGCCCAUAUGAAAGUUUGACAGAUACAGUAUUUAGCAAAUACAAUGUCUAUUUAGUCAGAUUCAACUUGUUAUUCCACAUGAUUACGUUUGACAGUACAUGGAUUUACGAUAUAACACACAUGACAGUAAUGUUUAAGUACAGAGUGUUUGCUCUGGUUCAGCAUAGGCAUAUAAGUUUUCAAUUUCAAAAUAUAUUGCCUAUUUUAUCUGUUAUUCAACUGGUUAUAUUAAGGUUAUGUUAAGGUAAUGAUGACAUAAAGGGUUUGCUCUAGUUUGUACUAGUUUGCUCUAGUUCAGCAUGUAGAAAACAGUGAAGAAAUGAUUUGCAGAUUUUUAACACAAAUUCAUGUUUUUUCAUUUUUUGGAUUGUUUUUAAUUUAAAAAUAUUGGUGAUAUGUUUUUGUUCACAAAUGCUGUUGCUUAUUGAUUUGCUCUGGUUCACCACAUAGAGCAGUAGAAAAAUUGUUUUUAAUUGGAAGUUGCCUAUCUGUCAUUUCCGCCACACACUGUCUCUUCCGCCACGCCAUGUCAUUUCCACCACAACACAUAUUUUAAAGUAAAACAUAUAAAAAACAUACAAUCAAACCAACUAUAUUCAGUGGUGUUGAUAAUUGUGCAGUUAGGGCUAAGAUUUGUGUAUACACUUAGAGAAAUAUAUGAUUUUGAGCUAUGAUAAGAAAAUGAAAUGUUCCAUUGACCUAGUUUUAGGUGUUUUUUAGUGUAAACAUUGUA